AUGGCUCAACAAGAACGCAAGCUUCCCUUUGGGAAGAUCGAGCCCAACACGGCCAAGUACUUUUAUAGCUGCGGACUUGGCGGCAUCAUCGCUUGUGGGCCAACUCACACCGCUGUAACACCGCUCGACCUGGUCAAGUGCCGCCGACAAGUCGACCCUAAGAUCUACUCCUCUAACAUCUCCGCAUGGCGCUCCAUUUUCGCCAAAGAGGGCUUUCGCGGCGUCAUCUUCGGCUGGUCGCCCACCUUCGUGGGGUACUCGUUCCAGGGCGCCGGCAAGUACGGUCUGUAUGAGUACUUCAAGUACCUGUACGGCGAUCAGAUGUUCCCGGAGUCCAACCGCACCCUCGUCUUCCUGGGCGCCAGUGCUUCGGCCGAGUUCUUCGCCGACAUGGCCCUGUGCCCCUUGGAGGCCAUCAAGGUCCGCAUGCAGACCACCCUUCCGCCUUUCGCGAAUAACUUACGUGAGGGUUGGAGUCGCAUUGUCGCGAAGGAGGGCCUCAGUGGCCUCUACAAGGGAUUGUAUCCCCUGUGGGCGCGCCAGAUUCCCUACACCAUGACCAAAUUCGCGACCUUUGAGGAGACAGUUAAGGUUAUCUACAAAACCAUGGGUAAGCCCAAGGAGGAGUAUGGCCAGUUGGCUCAGACUGGAGUGAGUUUCCUGGGUGGUUAUAUCGCCGGUAUCUUCUGCGCGAUCGUCAGUCAUCCCGCAGAUGUCAUGGUUAGCAAGUUGAACGCCGAUCGGAAGGCUGGUGAGGGUGCCAUGACAGCUAUAUCCAGAAUUUAUGGUAACAUUGGAUUCUCUGGGCUUUGGAACGGUCUGCCUGUCCGUAUCGUGAUGCUGGGUACUUUGACCGGUUUCCAGUGGUUAAUUUAUGACUCGUUCAAGGUCUUCCUGGGCCUGCCGACAACCGGUGGACAUUAG